AUGGCCAGCGGGUACCAGCUAUGGGCACCCUGGUCCCCACUGGAUGAAUCCCUGCAAUGGCUGCGAGGUGCUGUGCCCAGGCCCAGCAGCACUAAGCACCCCUUCCGGGGAGGGCAAAGCCCAGCAACUGCUACCGACCUGGAGGUGCAGCUUUGCUUCCAGGGACUCAGCCUGGUUCUGGAGCCCAGUGCUAAGACCGGAGCUGGGCAUCCACAGCCCUCUGCAGUGGCUGGAGAGACUAGAGGAUGCAGUGGGGUUGUGCACAAGCCCCAGGCAGUGAGGCUUACAGGGCUUGACUCAGUCUUUGGGCAUCUUGUGACAGUACAGCCUCCACAUUGGACAGGCUCACUGCGGGUUUCAGAGCGCUCGGCCUUCUGUCAAGUCAUAAGUCCCCAGCAGCGCAGGCCUCAUGGACUUCGGGAACCACAAGUGCGCAUGGCUAUGGCCAUGUGCCGUCAAAUGCUGCGUGCCAUUCUCCUGCUUUAUGCUGCCUACAAGAAAUGUGCCUUUGCCCUGCAACAUUCCCGCUAA